AUGGCUUUGAAUCGUUUGUACUCUGUGGAACGUAAGAUGGCAAAAGACAGUGAGUAUAAAAUGGAAUAUUGCGAUAAAAUAGCAGAUUAUGUUAAAAAAGGAUAUUGCCGUAAAUUAUCGGAUGAAGAAAAAUCUAUAAUGCGCGAACGGACCUUUUAUUUGCCCCAUUUUGGUGUAAUAAAUCCAAAUAAAAAAGGAAUUCGGCUGGUUUUUGAUGCGGCGGCCGAGGUUAUGAACUUCUCAUUAAACAAAGCCUUACUUCCUGGCCCUGACAUUAAUAACUCAUUAAUUUCAAUUCUUUUUAAAUUUAGAGAAUCCCCCAUUGCUGUAUGUGGCGACAUACAAGAGAUGUUUCACCAGAUCGCCAUUGCCAGGAAAGACCAAGAUAGCCAAAGAUUUCUGUGGAGAGAUGGCAAUCCUGAUCAGCCUGUGGACACUUAUGUUAUGGAAAGGCUUAUUUUUGGAGCCACCUGUUCACCAACCAUUGCCCAAUAUGUCAAGAAUAAAAAUGCGACAAAAUACAUCGAAAAGUCACCAAGAGCCGUCCAUGGUAUCAUCGAACGUCAUUAUGUGGAUGAUUAUGUCGAUUGUUUCGAAACUGAAGAUGAAGCCCUUAAUGUUGUUCGCGAAGUGGUAAGGAUCCAUAAAUCCGGUGGUUUCCAUCUUCGCAACAUAAUAUCCAACAGUGAACGAGUGGCAAUACUAUGUGGUAAUAAUCCUGGCAAUGGCGAGAACAGUGGCAACUUUCUUUUUGGUGACAGCAUAGAACGGGUACUCGGUAUUCAUUGGGCACCAAAGACAGAUGAUUUUUGUUUUCAUUUGCGUUUGGCCAAAGUGGACAAAAAUAUAUUAAAUUUUACAAAGGUGCCAACAAAAAGGGAGAUGCUCGGCCUAAAUAUGUCCGUAUACGACCCAUACGGAUUCUUGUGCGACUUUAUGGUGACGUCAAAGGUGCUAAUGCAGAAGGUCUGGAAAUGUGGGGUAAGUUGGGACGAGCAAUUGCCGUCAGAAAUUUAUAGCCAGUGGAAGUACUGGUUGGAGCAGUUAUCGAGAUUGGUGGAAUUUAAGAUUCCAAGAUGUUACGCCGGUGGUUUUAGCAGCAGCAAUGUUGAUCUACAUGUCUUUGUGGAUGCAAGCGAAGAGGCUAUGGCAGUUGUGGCAUAUUGGAGAGUGGUAAGUGUCAGUGGUGUUAAAGUGAUGUUUGUAAUGGGCAAAACAAGCUGUGCCCCGACACGGUAUCACACAAUACCAAAACUGGAAUUGCAAGCUGCUGUAAUGGGCGUUCGAAUGAAAGAGGCCAUAUUAAAAAACCAUUUGUGCUGUGUUAAUAAUGUUUUCUUUUGGUCAGAUUCUUUUACGGUGAUACAGUGGAUUCGGUCAGAUCACCGAAAAUACAAGCAAUAUGUGGCAAAUCGUGUGGCUGAGAUAUUGGACGGCAGCAGCAUUGAACAAUGGAGGUGGUGCCCUGGUAACGAGAACACUGCAGACGAAGGAACUCGCUCAAAACUGUUCAAGCCAUAUGAACCCGAAGGACGUUGGAAAAAUGGACCAACGUUUUUGCGGAAGGCGGAAUCGUAUUGGCCGAGUGAGGUGCACAAUCAAAUGAAAAAGGAUGAAAGUGGCUCAGAACUGCGAUCCAAGCACAGAGUUCUGGUGGCUCAGAAGGUAUGUUGGUGCAUUCCAAAUAUUGAUAAUUUUUCCAAUUACAGAAGGCUGAAACGGGCCAUGGCAUGGGUGUUCCGGUAUGUGCAAAACAUGAGGCGUAAAAUCAAAGGUGAGGCGUUGUUCUUGUGUGAUCUGUCGCUGGAAGAAGAAGAGAAUGCCGUGUCUUAUCUGUGCCGUCAUGUGCAACAUCAACAAUACGAAGACGAACUUGAGGACCUGAAAAAACAACACUCAGUGAGCCAAAGCAGCCAAUUAUUGUCGCUGAAUCCCUUUGUUGGCCAAGAUGGCUUAAUUCGUGCGUCUGGGAGAAUCCAAAAUGCUGCCUUUUUGAAUCUGGAAGCCAGGCAGCCCAUAAUUUUGCCGAAAAAUCAUCGGUUCACCAGGUUAUUGGUGGAAUUCUACCACAAAAAGUUCCUGCACAUCAACACUGCCACUGCUAUGAGCGAAAUACGUCAAAAGUACUGGGUGCCAUCACUGCGUCAACUAUUAAACAGCAUCCAGAGCCACUGUUCCGCCUGCAAACUUCGUCGAGCCAGGCCACGUCAACCCCAGAUGUCUGCCUUACCGAUGGAGAGGGUGACCCCAUACGUUCGAGCCUUCACAUACACAGGACUUGAUUAUUUUGGCCCAGUAAGUGUUGGAAUCCGCCGUCAACGUGAGAAAAGGUGGGUUGCUCUUUUUACCUGUUUUACAACCCGUGCCAUCCACCUGGAGAUUGCCACAGACCUAUCCAGCGAUGCUUGCCUGAUGUGUAUCCGCAACUUCAUUAAUAGAAGAGGUGUCCCUGUAUCCAUAAGAAGCGACAACGGGACCAAUUUUGUUGGCAUAGCAAAGGAAUUACAAGGUAUUGAUAUGUUUUUGGAUACUAAUAGUCUCUCUUCAGGUUUGACGGCACUGGGCAUCAAAUGGAUAUUCAACACUCCGUUGAAUCCAAGUGAAGGCGGCGUAUGGGAACGGCUUGUGCAGUCCGUGAAGAAGGCAUUGUACAUCAUGUUGAAGGAGCAGGCUCCAAAGCUCGAAACGCUCCAAUCGUUUCUAAUCGAAGCAGAGAACAUCAUCAAUUCGAGACCCUUGACUCAUCUACCUGUGACUCCCGAAGACCCGGAACCAUUGACCCCGAAUCAUUUUCUGCUUGGGUGCACUAAUUCAACCCAAACUCCGGCACCAUAUGAGCCCAGAUUGAUGUGUCUUCGAAAGCAGUGGCGUGUGGUGCAGAACUUAAAGAACGGCAUGUGGCAUCAAUGGCUACGUGAAUAUCUUCCUGAGCUGACGAGAAGGACGAAAUGGUGUUUGCCAUCACAACCGUUGGACGUGGGCUGCCUUGUUUUUAUUUGUGACCCAGAUCUUCCAAGAAGCCAAUGGAAAAGAGGGCGUGUCAUCGAGCUCCAUCGCGGCAAAGAUGGUGUAGCACGUUCAGCCGAAGUGCGCACAGAUGUGGGUGUCUACCGCCGUCCUGUUUCCAAGUUGGCCAUACUAGACGUUGAAGACUCUGCUGGUGAAGGUGAAGCCUCCCCCUCUGGGUCAGUUCACGGGGGUGGGGAUGUCGUUUGA